AUGUUAAUAAUACCAAACACUUAUGUUUUAGAGGUCAUAAUGCAGAUAAAUAAAUAAUAUUUGACCGCAACCAGGUUAUAUUUACAUACUAGAUAAAAACAGGGAUUUUUAGACAAUGAGGCUGAAGGGAAAUGACUCGUUAGAGAAUAUAUUCUCAACUUCAGAUACACAUGAAAACAGCAGAGACAGUCCAAUAAAGCGUGAAAUGCGCCAAAGUGAUCCAUUACCAACUUGCGGAAUAUGCAUAUUCAACACUACAAAAAGCCAAGAGGAUAUAUCAACUGGAAGAUGCAGAUCAAAAUGUAAAAGGUGGCAACACCAAAAUUUGUUUGCGAAGCUUGCAACCCUAGGUACUCAUCAAGUAAUGGGAUACUUCAAAUACUACACAACAGUUAUCUUAUGCAUAUGGUUGACUUUUACCAGUUGUAAUGCACACCCCAAAGAGAACAUUGUACAUGAAGAUUUUAUUCGUCAAUUUCGUUCAAAUCAACCAAGAUGGAUUGGAAAAGAAUAUAUAAGCUCAUACAAUCCACUAGACAGCUUCAAAUUUUUGUUCCAUAGUAAAAAAAUGAGACAUUAUAUGAACAGCCUGGAUGAAAGUUCACAAGAAAGGCUAGAGGAUGGGAUUACAGGAAUGUGGGCUGUAAAAUUGAAAUUUGAACAUGACAAAGAUAGUCGAGAAGAACUUGAUUUAUCUGCUGAUAUAAUAGCACAAGAACAUGGUUUAGAAAACCACGGGCAAAUAGGAGAAUUGAAAGGGUAUUAUCUCUUCAUGAAAAAAGACAGUCCAGAAACAUGGACCACCAUGGCAUCUGCAAUUGCAUCAUCAUCAUCAAUACAAGAAGAAAGGGACGAGCAACAAACGCCAAAGACAGAGGAAAAGUCUAUAACAUCCCAUACUACACCUUAUGUUGCAGGUCUUGCCACAACGACAGAUUCACCAGUGACGACUGACGUAUACACAGAUGGUGAGGUAGAACCAACACAUUUAUUCAGUACUCAAGAACCUACUCAAAGGAUGCUUGAGAAGGGGCUUAUACAGCACAAUCAAGUGGAAUGGCAGGGUCAUCAGGUUCUGCUGACACGCAGCAAAAGAGGUUAUCUUCCAAUAUUGAAGAUGGAUAAAACAGACUUACAAGCAGAAAAACGAUUAAAACUCAAAAAUCAAAAGAUCACACAAAAUGUUACUACAACUACAUUAGAUUUUGCAUCAGUACCAAAUACAACAAUGCUCAUUAGUACUAAAUCACAACUAAUACCAUCUUCUCCCAAUCCAAGUGAAAAAAGUGAAGAAGAAUCAAGACAUAAUUUUUAUAUAAAGAUCGUCAAUAAACAUUCUCAUCCUACUACAGUAACACCACAACAAUUGGAAAUAACUUAUAACCAAAAAUAUAAAGAUUUAAUUGGAUCGAGUGGCGGAGGUAUAGGUGGUCGAAGAAUGGGACUUGAUACAGAGGAAGAAGAAUCAGCAGGAGAUUGGUGGCCACCUUAUAAUGCAGAUUCUCUGGAAAACAAUCAUGGAACUAGUGGUAAAUUCAGUGAUCCUUUAUUCUUGAGACAAUGGCAUCUGCAGAAUUCAGAAAGCAAAGCAGGUGUCGGUGAUUGCAAUGUAACAGGUGUAUGGAAAUACGGAAUUACUGGAAGAGGGGUUGUGGUUGCAGUUGUCGACGAUGGAGUCCAAUGGGACCAUCCUGAUCUUAUAGACAACUACUGCCCCGAGGGAAGUUUCGACCUUAAUGCAAAUGAUGAUGACCCCAUGCCUGUGCGAGAUAACAAAGAAGAGAAUAAACAUGGCACAAGGUGUGCUGGAGAAAUAGCAGCAGUGCCUAAUGACCAUUGUGGUGUUGGAGUUGCAUAUGGCGCCAAAUUUAGUGGAAUAAGAAUUCUAGAUGGACCUUUGACAGACUCUAUGGAAGCAGCAGCAUUUAACAAACAUCUCGACAUCAAUGAUAUAUACAGUUGUUCUUGGGGUCCAGAAGAUGACGGAAAAACAAUUGAUGGGCCACAUCCACUUGCACAGGCAGCACUAAAGCAUGGAGUAGUUGCAGGAAGACAUGGAUUAGGGAGCAUUUACAUUGUUGCCAGUGGAAACGGUGGUCAUAAAGGUGAUAAUUGCAACUAUGAUGGCUAUGCGAACUCAAUCUAUACUAUCACUAUUGGUGCUGUAGAUGAAUUUGGUCGUGUUCCUAGUUAUGCUGAAAAAUGUGCCUCUAUGCUUGCGUGCACCUUUAGCAGUGGGGCAGGUAAUGAAGAUGGAAGUGCAAGGAAAAUAGUUACUACAGACUGGACAUUGGGAAAGAACAAGAAGAGGACAAGCGGCUGCACAGAGUCCCACACUGGCACAAGUGCCGCCACUCCACUUGCAGCAGGUAUGGUAGCACUGAUGUUGGAAGCAAGACCUUGCCUUACUUGGAGAGAUAUUCAGCACAUCAUGGUUAUGACAGCAAUAAAAAUUAAACCUGAUGGCGAAGAAUGGACUACAAACAGUGCAGGAUUUCAUCAUAGUGAUGAAAGAGGUUUUGGACUGUUGAACGCUUGGAGAAUGGUAAAUGCUGCUAGAGUGUGGCGUCCAGUACCUUGGCUUACAUCUCUUGAUUUGGAGUGCCCUGAUCGGCAUCAAAUCAUUCCGAAUACAAAGAAGCGAGCUCUCAUUGUAAAAAUGUUGGUGACUGAAAAACAAUGCCGCAACAACAUGGUGUAUACAUUGGAGCAAGUUUUGAUAACUGUCGACAUUGAGCAUCCACGCAGAGGAGAUUUAUUUAUUUCACUUGUGUGCCCCAGUGGAACAACAUCAGUUAUAGGCGGACCACGAAAAAACGAUGACUCUUCAAGUGGCUUGUGGAACUGGACCUUCGCCACCGUUAAGUGUUGGGGCGAACAACCAUUUGGUACCUACAGGUUGAUCAUACAUGAUACAGUUGAUCGACCAAGAACAAUGAUGGGAGAACUAAGAAAUUGGAAAAUAACUUUAUAUGGAUCAAUGCUAACACAGAUUGAUAUUGAAGCUCAAAGAGAAAGAGUAGAGGAGGCAAUGAGCGGGGAAUAUCUCAAACCCUUCAAUAUUGAUGACUUUGCAACAAAUAAAAACAAGAGCAAUAACAUAACAUCAUCAGACAAUAUGCAAGUCGGAUAUUGCCCUCCAUUAGAGCUAAAUCAAUAUGAAUCAGCGCUAACAGAAAAACCACCAACAGAACGAGUUCUCAAACUUAUUGCUCUAUCAGGCUGUUUUCUUCUACUUUGGGGAUUAUAUUGUUCUUUAGAUGUUGUUACAGUACAGAAAUCAGAACCUGAAAUAGCAGUUAUAACUAUUCAUGAAGAAAACAGAAAUGAAACGAAAUCAAACUUUGUUCACCACGUUUCUAAAACAAACAGCUGGUGGACAGAAACAACUCAUUGGUUACUCCGUGAACCUAAAAGUGAAUAUUGCAAACCUUUAACUAAAAAUAUAGACUCUUAGCACUGAGAACAUUUAGCUCAUAAUACAAAACUAGACGAAUUAUAGACAAUUCUCAAUUACAGAAUUGACGAUCAAUAUUUAAUAGUUUUAUUUGUGUUGUUACAUAUUUUAAUAUGUUCCUCCUCAGAACAUCGUUAAUGUUCAAACUCAAAUGUUGCUUUCCGGAAACUAAUUUGCAUAUGCACAGCCAAUUUUGAAAUAGCAAGGAUAAGGCUGAUGACACAGACCUUGUUUGCUUUGGACAUCUCUGCCUGCCUGAUGAACAUUACGUAAUCACUGUGAACCUAUGCAUGGUAUACAUACUGCCAAGUUACAAGUUUGGUUACCGUGGAAAUAAGACCCCAGAUUCUCAUUCAAGUUUUGCCUGAGCAGUGCUGCAUUAAGCUUUAUUUUAAAGCAGUAAACCGAAUUUACAAUAUCCAACUUAAUUAUCAUGCUCAAUGAGCAUAAAUGUUAAUUUCAAAUGCCAAAAUCACCAUUGCAAUCCAUGUUGGUGCCCAGUGCAACCACAUUAUACUAGAAAUAUUUUCUUUUUAAGCGAAUUUAUGGUAUGUACACUCAACAAAAAGAUUAGAUUGAAAAGCUAAAUAAAAGGACUUGAAAUAUCUGUUUUUCGCAUUGCAUUGAAUGAAAAACAUAUAGGAUUUCAAAUCAAUACGAUAAAGUUAUAGACAUAGGAAUUGGCAAUGACAAUGCAGUAUAUGGUUAUGCAGCUAUAAAAGUGGUAAAUAACUCUGCUGUAAAGUCAUAUUUGCAAAGUCAAUUUGAUGUGUAAGCAGCACUGUGAAAAAUAUGCUGAUUAAAAAGCAUUGAAAGUUUACAGUGAAUCACAUUGAUUUCUCAGCUACAUUUUGGUGUUGCGUUGGUAUUUGUAUUAAUUUCAUAAAUGUGCCCAUUCCUGUUUUUGUUUGUCAUUGUUCGCUUUCAUUUUAUACUGUGAAAUGUGUAUACAACAUGUCAUGUUUCGCAUUACCUCUUUUUAUCGUUUGAUAUUGAAGCAUUUCUGUCCCUUAAAAAUAAAAAUUCUUCCACAAUGAAA